AUGGACAAGAGCAAGGGUUGGUGCGAGGGCACCGAUGCCAGAUGCAUCGCAGAUGAAGCCAGGCGCAGUCUUCCCGUGUGCCUGAAAGAACUGGUUGAAAUGAAAUGGUCUGCAGGUUAUUUUCCGCUUUUCGGAGUCCAGAACUACUGUGACCUGGGCGUUGAGAAUGACGUAGACGACGAGGAGGCCAACUCAGCCGCAACGUCUGUCCGCCGGAACAUCGUCCAGACGAUGGUGGAUGAGGUCUCUCGCAACUCCAUUGAUGCUAUGGCGAAAGACAUCUUCUCGAUCUAUGUUUGCACCAGAUGGGCUCCUACCAGCACCUUCACGCGGAUAAUGGAGGGCGAGAUUUCCACCGGGCAGCUGCCCAAGAAGGAGCCCUCUGCUCUGUACAAGGACAGGCACUUUCUGCCCUUGCGAUGCAGCUCCAACUUCAAGGUCUUCGAGGAAGUCGGCCUGGAUCAAACGAGUUUCCAGGCUUUCGAAGCUCAGAUGGAAGCUUUGGUGGAGUGGUGCCUGGAGCAAGGCGACGGCUUUGAAGUUGAGGAUGGAGCCAAGCUCUUUGACCUCGACUACGUCAAGCACCACGGAACCGAACAGCAGCUUGCCCUGACACCGACGCCCCGCUGGACGUCAGUGUGCACACGGGACCUGGUGCUCUCCCACUGCCCCUCUGCGAAGUGGUGGCUCUCGAAGCUGCAGAACUGGCAUCACGCUAUGCCCUUCACGAGCUUCAUGUCCCCGGAUGUCAAUGCAGCCAAGUUCGCGCCCAAGGGCAAGGAGCAGAUUCUCAUGUGCUUUGGCAAGCGAGUUGCUUCACAGCUACAUCGACGUGAGGGUGGAACCCACUUGCUCACGGACCAGAAUGCCAUCGGCUGCCAUGGGUUUUGGGACCUCACCACCGCGAGCCGAAUGCUGGACCGGAUUGUCAAGCUUUGGCGGCCGCCUACGUGCCAGCUAGCUAGCAUGGAGCUGACGAUGAAGCUGAAGAUCAUGGAGCUGAUCUCCAACAUGAAUGAGCGCUUGUUCGACGCACUCCCGGCCUUGCUCACAGAGGAGAUGGCACCAGAUGAUGACUGGGAUGGGAAGGAGCUGCAUGCUUCUUCACUUGGAAGCAGCCUUCUCCGUGGCAUGUGGGAUUCGAUCGCCAAGAGCUUCUCAGCUCUGAGUGGUCAGUACACCCGCUUGGGGCAGCUACUUGGGAGUUCUGUGGUCAAGUGGGUGGUCUGCCCCAUCAAGAACACCACUGGAACAGCGGAUUUGGAGAAACUUGAUGCUGCGCUAGGGACCGAAGAUGACACGGCACGCUACUACGCCCAAAUCGCGUACAGCAAGUGGACAGGCAAGAAAGACCUCUUGCCCGGUGAAGACUGCACUCCAGGAGGCAUAUCAGAUCUGCCGCGGACAAUGGCUUGCAACCUGGCAAUCAUGCAGCAAGACAUGCCGGAGCCCUACAACAAUACUGAUUUCAUUUGCCCAGUUCGGCCCUUCCUACCAGCAAAGCAGCAGCUCGAAAUCUUCAAGAAGAAGAAGGGCCUCUGUCCCUUGCGCAUGAAUGCCUGGCAGAUGGACAAGGCUUCCUGGUACUACCGUGGCCGCCGGCCUCAGCGCCAACAGUUUGAUCUUGUGGAGAACCCGCCGGCACAAGAUUACCAGGCUGUGCAUAUCCUUGACAUGGUCAGUCGCCAGGACACGACGUUCCACACUUGGCGGACCUUCGUCACCGUCGGCCUCGGCUGUACCGAGGAAGAGGCCACAGCGACGCCACGCUGGUGCAGGGAUCCUGAGGUGCACUAUGCGCAGACUUCCAUGAAUGGCAUCGUGGAUGCCGUGGGACGGAUGGGCCGUGGAACGGUACAGAUGACGGCCCAGGCCUUGCAUGCCGCGGGCGUGACGGAGGAAGCGCCGGUGGUGAACCACGCGGUGGGGCAUCGCCUGUCUGAGUGGAUCUACCACCAGGGAAAGGGCGUACAGUUGGUCCACAGCAUCUCCUUUCAGAAGCUCUUGGACAAGACGGGGGCGGACUCGAAGAACAAGAAGAGGUACGAUCGAUAUGCUGCCGUCACGCCCUGCAAGACGAUGGAUGCCGAGACGGAGUUCACGUUAAAGUAUGCUACUGCGGAGAAUGCUCUGCAACUAGCGAGAAAAGCCUUCCGAAAGUAUGGAACAAGCAAUGUCGGACGGCACAGUGGCUUCAUCGUCGAGCUGAUGGGCCUAGCCGUGCUGAAGAUGUCUGGGGUGCAGGCAGCUUGGGUGGAAGCCCACGCGCUCGUCCGCUCUACUAGCCUCGGUGCACAAACACCAGGUCCCUGGAUCGCGACGAAGAACCCCUUGAUGCAAAGCCUGGCCGGGACCUUGGACGCUCGAACGGAUGAGGGGGUGCGGUCUUCGGACCUCACGGGCUUCCGGGCCGUCUUCACCUGCGGCACGCGGAAGGUGAUGCACGACCUUCCCGUGGACGUCCCUGAAAAGCACCCCUCGCUGCCGGAAUCCUUCCAGGACUGUGUGGGAAGGGGCAUGGUCCAGAACGAAAAGCUUCGCAAGCAGCACCCGGGAGCACCUCGCUGCAAUGGAGUUGAGGGAAAGCCUGGCCGUAUGACGACCAGAUGUUGCAAACAGAACAUAUGA